UCCUCCGGGCUCGUCGUCUCUCCGGUGCCGCCGCCGCCGCCGCUCCGUCCCGCAUCCUUUAUGCACAGCACGCUGCUCUGGUCCCCCUCGACUGAACACACCGCCGUGUCCGAGCAGCAUGGCCCGCUGCGGCCGCCUUCACUGAGCGACAUGGAGGCCAAGCAGCACCAGAUAAAGACGCUAAAGAGCUACCCGGAGACCGGCGGCCGGAGCCUGGCUGCAGCCGCCGGAGGAGACGGCGGCGGCGGGCAUCGAGCCGGCUCGGCCGAGAUGGAGAUGGAGACGAAGAUCCAGAAAGCCAUCGACUUCAAGGCGGAGGGCAACCGCUGCUACAAGGAGAAGAAAUUCCGGGAAGCGAUCGGCAAGUACCACCGGGCGCUGCUGCAGCUGAAAGGCGUGCAUGUGGUGGACGGGACGACGGGCUCCGAGGUCAACCUGCUGAGCCAAGCCGCCGCCAAGCUGACCGAGGAGCAGCGGAGAGCCGUGGAGAGCACCGAGAUCGAGUGCUACGACAGCCUGACAGCUUGUCUGUUGCAGUCUGAGCUGGUAAACUACGAGAGAGUGAAGGAAUACUGUCUGAAGGUGCUGAGCCACCAGAAAGACCACUUCAAGGCCAUGUACCGGGCCGGCAUCGCCUUCUACCACCUGGGCGAUUAUGAAUGUGCCCUGCGAUACUUGCGUGAUGCCAAGAAUCGUGAACCCACAGACACCAACGUGCUGCGAUACAUCCAGCUGACGGAGAUGAAGAUGAGCAAGAGCGGACAGCGGGAACGAGAGAGCGGCAAAGAAAGCCAGGGCUGACCCCCCCCCCCCCCCUCCCUCCCUUCACCUCCCCCAGCUCCCCUCCCUCUUCAACCCUGCGACCCCUCUCUGACCUUUGAACCCCCGGGCAGUCCCGCUCCGACCACCCCCCCCGCCCCUCCUCCCUGCUGUCCUCUGACUGCAGGCAGCAGCACAGACAGGACCGACCCAGUCACUCGCCUGCGGUGGACAAAAAACUGGACACAUAUCAAGUGCUGCCUGCAGGACCCCCGCCCCCCCCCUGCCCCCUGCUCUGUCCGUCCUCCUCUUCUCCCCGUUUCUCCCUCAGGUGCUGUGGUUCCUCUCCCUAGACGCAGUCAGCAAGCAAACGUUAGAAAAAAAAAGAAGAAGAAAAAAAAAAAGAAUCGAUGAAAAAAAAAAAACAAAACAA